AAAACCACAAUGUGGGGUUAAUACCAUUAAUCUGCCAAAUAUACUGCAUAUUUUGUCUGGAUUACUAUAAAUGCAGUGUGUGUUUGUGUGUGUGUGUGUGUAAGCGACCCUAAACUACAUUGCUAUGGUAACAUUGAAGCAGGAGAUGAUAACAUCUUGUGAAAUAGAGCAGUGGGCGUGAUUUUGAUUUUCUGCUGAGUUUGACCGUCAGACGAAGAGAAUAUAAGGUGAGAUGUGGUCAUUUACACUCCACUCCAGUCAAAACAUAAUUCCUUGGCUCAGCCACCUAACUAUCCCACUCCCAAAAUCAUGGAAUCUGCCAUUAACGUGCUCGUCUCCCAGUUCAAGACUUACGCAGCGAAAGAUGACUCUAAGAACACUCUGAGCAAAGAAGAGUUUCAGAGCCUGGUCACCUCCCAGCUACCAAACUUUGUAAAGAACUAUAAAACCAACUCAAAAUGGUUCUUAAUAAGAAGAGGAGUGUCUGCUGACUCUCAGAAUGCCUCUGACCCAGCCACCGUUGAUCAGCUCAUGAAGUCAUUGGACGAGAAUAACGACGGCGAGCUGACGUUCCUGGAGUUCUGGAAGCUGAUUGGCAGCGUGGCGAACCAACAUGGCGGCUUUAGCAAUAAAGAAACCUGAUGUAUUAGUCAACUUCAAGAAAAUGACUUUAAUUUUACCUUGUGACUUUCUUAUGUAAUUAUAACAAUCUUCAGGUAAUGAUUGUCCAAAGCAGUUGACGGCAAAUAAAAUAAAGCGUUGUUUUAUUCUCUA